AUGGUGCUCCAAGAGUUAGUGACAUAUGUCACCAAACCAAUCGAACAGGCUGUCACUCAUGUUCUGUGCUGUGAUCUGUCUGCACCAUGUGAGUGCCACAUCGACAAGAAUGUCAUCUUUUUGGAAGCAGAUAGGGAUAUCGUAGUAAUGGAUCGACUGACACAUGUUCCACCGCCGUGCCCAGCUUCAAUUGUGGUGUCAAGACUAGGUCCAAUCCCUGAAGAACCCGAUCUGGAAGGCGACGAUUGCAAUUUCUACGAGAUCCUCAAAGAUCAGAAAAUGAUCGAUGCUGCGCCAGUUUGUAAGACCUGGUUCGAUUAUCAAAGGGAAGCUUUGCGAAUCAUGUUCGCAAGAGAAAAAGUUCGACUGGAGAAGUUUUUCGAGCCAAGAGUCGUCAGAUGGCGCAACUAUUUGACGGCUUUCCGACUCACACUGGGAAUCAAAACUCGCAAGGUCUCGGAGAAGGAGGACUUGAAGAAGUUGACAAUGAUAACUGAGAAAUCCAACAAAUCAGUGAUGGCUGAAGUAUGA